AUGGCCAAGUCUCGUUUUGAAUAUGUCAAACAGUUUGAACGCGAAAACUACCUUCUUCCAGAUACAUACAUAGUGAUCCGGGUAGAUGGGAAAGGUUUCCACAAAUUUAGCCAAGAGUACGAAUUCGACAAACCGAAUGACAUACGGGCUUUAAAUGUCAUGAAUAGAGCUGCCCAGGCAGUUGUUGAACUGUACAGUGACGUACUUAUGGCGUAUGGCGAUUCAGACGAGUACUCCUUCUUGCUCAGAAAGAAUUGCCAAUUGUACGAGAGACGUGAGAUGAAGUUGAUAACAAUGUUUUCUCUGAUGAUUCUGACUAACUACUUCUACUUUUGGAACGAAGAAUUUCCGGAGAAAAAGUUGAAGCAGUCAAGAUUACCUAACUUCGACGCUCGGGCUGUAUUAUAUCCCAACUUUGCAUUGAUUAAAGAUUACUUCAGCUGGCGUCAAGUAGAUUGCCACAUUAACAAUUUGUACAAUACGACGUUCUGGGCUCUUGUCUUAAAAGGAGGGAUGACUCCUCAGGAAGCUGAAAACAGGUUGAUAGGCACUGUAGCUAGCGACAAGAAUGAGAUCUUGUUUCUGCAGUUUGGCAUAAAUUACAAUAACGAGCCGGAAAUCUUCAAAAAGGGCACGAUUAUCAUGAGAGAAUUGGACGAGGAAGAUUCGAGAGACGAGAAGGAAUUGUCGGCCAGACAGAAACAGAGAAUCGACAAGAAGAGAAAGAAGGCAGAAAUCAAGCUUUUGCACGAAGACUUGAUCACGAGCGAAACAUUCUGGUCCUCGCGGCCAUGGCUCUCUCUGUAG